CUAAGCACUCAGCACUCUUGUGACCCUGCAGUAACACUAACUGAACAAUACAUGGCUCUUGUGUUUGUGAGGAACACUGGACCUUUUGUGGUCUUUAUUUAGCAAAAAUACAGGAAACCUGUAAUUAGGGUCUCACCUUCUGGAGCCUUCUUACCCCUAACUUUUAUGAAAUAAACAGUUUCUGCACUAUAUAGAGAAUGUAUAAAUUCUCUUGAUGACAGCUGUUGAUGUUUGUCACCUUUUUGAAAGAAAUGCAGGGCUGCAGCUCUCGGUUCUUUUAGUGUUCGCUAUGAGGAUAACAUUACUGUCCCAUUCAGAUACACAGAAACGCAAAGUGAUGUGCACAUUUAAAAGAAUGCAUUAGCUUAAACGCAGCGGUCAUACUAGCAGCUCUGGGGUGGGUGUAUAGACGGACACCCAGGAGUUUAGAAACGAACCCUCUUCUAAUUUCUAUCUCUAUCCAGUCUUGCAACCAAUGCCAUUUCAGGGUGUCUCCCCGUUUUGAGGACAUACUGUAGUGCCUGACCUGCCUGUGACCACCACUGUCUUUCAUGCCACAGAACCCAUGGCCACCCACACAGACACUCUACCCUUUUUUUGUUUCACCCUGAUGCUUCAUGAAUCCUGUCUGCAUGAACCAUAUGUCAAAGACGUGGAGGUGGGAACUCUAGCUGUGUGGGCCGUGAGUUUAUAUGUUCAGGGCAGUAAGAAAUAUCCUAGUAGGAAUUCAUAUAGACUUUUAGUGACUGAGUUUCCCAAGAAGUUAUUUCAGUGCCAACUGUUCUAAAGACGUUUUUGUUUUGUUUGUUUUCUGAGGCCGAGAUAUGGAAGGCUUUCAUCUACUAAUGCUGUUAGUUAAUUUUUUAACUUAUGCAGAGCUGCUUCUUAUUAAAUUAUUAUUAACUAUUAACUGCUGCAGCUGGUAUACUGUUUGUUAAAACAGGACAGACAGGAAGCGUCACAAUAAUGACUGGUCUUCAUUAACCCUUUACAUAGCCACUUUGGGGAAGCUAUAUGUUUGAUCAGUUCUUUGGACUUGGAGUACACUAAUACGGAUUUUAAUUUUAUUUUACUGAACAAAACAUGACCCCAGGCUCCACAUAGGACAGGGCACUCGAUGACGAGGAGUCAAAAUGUCACUGCAGAUGUCUUUAGUUACACAUUUGACUAGUCUAACCUCCGUCACUAAACUGCAGCAGUGAGAGGAGGAAGUUACUGGGCAAACCUGCCUCUCAGUGUUACAUUACUGAUUCCUUUUUUGUGCUGCAGAGGGAGGGCAAGUUGAAACCUUCUCACUUGACUUGACACCAGAUCAGUUUAUGCUGAUGUGCUGUGUGGUGGGAAUUUCCCAUAAACAAGCAGAUGAGAGAGUUUUCUUUUUAUCAUCAUCAACAAACCAAAAACCAGCUGGGGAGAUCAGUGCACACACCACGAAGGUGUGAUGCAAAGAGCCCACGAUCCUCAAGUUACUUCUGCCUUUUGACCCCUGUCUCUGGCUCUGGUGGAAUGUCUCUCUGGACUAAUAGAAAUGUUUGUGCCACCUUAUCUCGCUGUGAGUGAGAAUGCAGAUGAACCUGCGGAAGGAUCAUUACUGAAAGCCCCUCAGGCGGUGGCGCCUAGGCGGCCAGAUGUCUCAGGACGAUGAUGCACUGGCGAGCAUGGGUUCUGGGUGUGACCUUAGGUUUGCUGGCCUUACUGAUAUUCUGGCUUUUACUGACAAAAAACCCAGAAGAUGCUCCAGUCUGGAAAGUCAGCCCUGCACGUAAAUCGCAAGUACAUGAGCAUGUGCACAGUGUUCUGGAGGGAGAGUGUCGCCAUGGCAACGCAAGGAAGAACUUGUUGGUCCCCACUUCCAGUCACAAGACCCAGCCCUUCUUGUGGAAAAACGCACCCCUCUCAGAGGACCUCUUCCUUUACCCGCCACCGUUCGGGUUCAGCGGUGUCCAGGACAAGGUCGAGGAGCUGCUACAGCUGCUGCCAGACUCAGAUGUCCUGCCACAGCUAGCAGCAGAUAAAUGUCAGCGCUGUGUGGUCAUAGGAAAUGGAGGCGUCCUCAAAGGUCUGGAGCUGGGCCCAUUAAUAGACCGAUUUGACAUCAUUAUCAGGUUAAACAGCGGUCCUCUGGGAAAGUUCAGUGUUGAUGUUGGAAAUCGAACCAGCAUCAGGAUGAGUUACCCCGAGGGAACACCUCUGCACUGGGCCGACACAGACCCACAUGCUGUGUUUGUCGGCGUGAUGUAUAAAAGUGUGGACAUCAGCUGGAUGUCUGCUAUGAUCCGCAAGGUUACCGUGUCUUUAUGGGACUGGCUGUUCUUCUGGCAAAAGGUUCCGGAUCACAUCCCCAUUGAGCCUCCAAGGUUCAGACUUAUAAACCCACACGUGAUCAGAGAGACUGCACUAGAUCUGCUGAAGUAUUCUCCACCCAGACCCCGCCUGUGGGGCUGGGACCAGAAUAUCCCUACCUUGGGUGUCUCUGCACUAAAUCUAGCCAGUCUGCUGUGUGAUGAGGUCAGCCUGGCAGGCUUUGGCUACAACCUCUCCCAGCAGGGGACACCACUGCACUACUAUGAUCACCUGCCCCUCAGCGCCAUGUCACGACAGAAGAUGCACAAUAUUGACAAAGAGACUGAGCUCCUCAAACUUCUGGUCAGAGAGGGAACCGUCACGGACCUGACCGGCGGGAUUCACUGCUCCUUCUGCCACAGCUGACCUACUGUCAAGGCGUUGUAGAUGGCGGAACCACAUGCACAGCACAACACAGCGUUUAUGAGGUUAAGAGGACAGUUUAUUCCAGAUACAGAGUCCAAUUCAGGCAGAGUCAUACACGGGAGAUCAGACGGGGUUUAAACAGGAUCAGGCAGAGACGGCGUCAGGGACAGGCAAAGUCAUACACGAGAGAUGGGUACAAUACCAAAUCGUCGGGCGUCGAAUCGUGGGCGGGCGGGCAAGGUCGGUAACAGGCAGUAGCAGGUAAUCAAGGCAGACAAGGCAGACAGGGACUAGGCAGGCUCAGAAUCAGAGGUCAGAACAGGAUGCACGAUACACAACAAGAUUCGACAAUGAACGCUGGAAAGUGGUGAUUACACGCAACAAUCUGGCGGGUAACAGGUGUGAGAGGUUGAACUUAAAUACAGAGCAGACUAAUAGCAGAUGAGAUGCAGGUGUGGGUAAUGAAGACCGGUACAAACAGGAAACAGUAGAAUGUGUGGUGUUUAACAGGAAGUCCUUUCAGAAUAAAGGCGGCUAUAAAGCCCGGACGUGACACCUACAGACUGGCAGUAGGACAACUAUGUGUUAACUGAGCAAAAUUUCUUUUUAAAGUUGUUCCACUACAAAACGUUGAGGUUAAGUUUUAUAGUUGAGGUUGAGUUUUACACCAAUUAUGAACCCAAACAGUAUUUUGUGUCUAUACCCACCACCCACUGCUAAAUAUAUGCCCACUGUUAACUUUAUGGUGUUUUGAAGUCAAAACUGUAGCAUCAAACAUUACAUUACUAGUGUAGUUACCAAAGUAUUAAAAAGUCUGUAUAUAUAUAUGUGUGUGUGUGUGUGUGUGUGUGUGUGUGUGUGUGUGUGUGUGUGUGUGUGUGUGUGUGUGUGUGUGUGUGUGUGUGUGUGUGUGUGUGUGUGUGUGUGUGUGUGUGUGUGUGUGUGUCAAAGCACCAUCUCUGUAUACAGAGCCAUUUGGUCAUUGACUGUUAAAUUUUGGAAUAACAGUAUGAAUUUAUUUGUCUUUAUUUCGAAAUGAACAAGUACUUAAAGAAUGAGCUGUUCAGCCCAUUACCGGUAGUUUAUUAUUUUACUGUGAAACUUUUUAUGCAACGCUACAAGAUCUGAAAAGUGUUAUUUAUGAAGGAAUUUUUAUUAACUUUGUUUUUAUCUGUAUUUGUUCUGCACAUCUGUAUUCUUACUUUUAAAAUCAUGUAUUUCUGCUUUAA